AUGGAGACGCAGCUGCUGCGGGGCAAAGCCGAAGUGAAGAAGGCGCAGCAGCAGCAGCAGGAGCUGAAGCGGACUCAGCUGAAGCUGGAAGAACAAAUGAAAAUGGAGGAGCAGCUGCGGCUGGAGCGCGACAAGGGUUUGGAAACUUGUUUGUUUUUGGAAACCCUCGUGAGCGACAGAGCCGCUCAGUUGAAGAGUUUGUCAAAUGAAUUUGAACUUUUGAAUGAAAAGUUUAAUUUGAAAGAAAAUGGAUUUUCCAAAUUGCAAAACAAAUACAAAAAAGACACUCAAACCCUUCUGCAGCAAAUCCAGCAACUCCAGAUCCAACUCAGCCUCGAACAAACCAUCAAUCGAGGGUUUGUGCCCCCCGAAGAAGACGCGAGAAUCCGCUCUUUGGCGGUUUGGAAUGAAGUAAAAAAAGAAUGGGAAAUUCCCAACGCGCAUUUGGCGGGCAACGAGGUCGAGGGGCUUCUCUACGAAGCGGCGGCCCAAGUGCAGCAGCAGCAGCAGCAGCAGCAGCAGCAGCAGCAGCAGCAGCAGCAGCAGCCACGAUGCUUCAAUGCGGUGGUAUGA